AGGAGGUGGUGGCUUUGAGGCAUUUGACUCUAUUUGGAGUUGUGUCGAUAUUCAAACUUUUUUCUUGACUCUUCUUUUUGUGCCUGCGCUCACAGCUCGUUGGUCCUGCUCUCAGAGAGAGAGAGCCCGCACCAGGAUGGGUGCUCUCCCGGCCAGAAGGAUUUUAUGGAUCCUGAUCUUUGCUGGAAUAACCGGAGUUGGUGGUUCAAACGUCUGCACCUCCAGAGGGGCCAGCACAUGUAAGCAGUGUCUGGCUGUGCACCCCAGCUGUGCCUGGUGCUUCCAGGAGGACUUUGGCCAGGGUGUUGCCACGUCUUCCCGCUGUGAUCUGAGGAGUAACCUGGUGGAGGCGGGCUGUGCACCGUCGGGUUUGGAGUCUCCAUCGAGCAAACUGCAGGUGAUCGAGGACCGGCCCCUCAGCAACAAGGCAGCGGGGGCCACGCAAGACGUCACUCAGAUCAAGCCCCAGAAACUCCAAAUCACCCUCAGGCCAGAUGAUGCCAAGCGCUUCACAGUGAAGGUGCGUCAGGUAGAGGGCUACCCAGUGGAUCUCUACUACCUCAUGGAUCUCUCCUACUCCAUGAACGACGACCUCACCCGUCUGAGGACGCUGGGCAAAGGCCUGGCUGAAGCGAUGACCGAGACCACCAGCAACCUCCGUAUGGGCUUUGGAGCUUUUGUUGACAAGCCGGUCUCGCCUUACAUGUACAUCUCCCCUGAAGAGGCUGUGAGGAACCCCUGCUACAGCAUCAACACCACCUGCCUGCCACAGUUUGGCUACAAACAUGUUCUGUCCCUGACGGAGGAGGUGAGUCGCUUCACCGAGGAAGUGAAGAAGCAGAUGGUGUCCAGGAACCGAGACGCCCCGGAGGGAGGCUUUGAUGCCAUCAUCCAGGCUGCUGUGUGCAAGGAGCAGAUCGGUUGGCGGCCCGGCGCCUCCCACCUUUUGAUCUUCACCUCCGAUGCAAAGACUCACGUGGCUCUGGAUGGUCGUCUCGCUGGGAUCGUGCAGCCCAACGACGGGAUGUGCCACCUGAACUCAGAAAAUAUGUACAGCAUGUCUACCACCAUGGAUUACCCAUCUCUAGCCCUGAUCACAGAGAAGAUGUCAGAGAACAACAUCAACCUCAUCUUUGCCGUCACCAACCCUGUGCUGCGUCUGUACCAGAACUACAGUGACUUAAUUCCUGGCACCGCGGUCGGCGUACUGUCCAAUGACUCGGGCAAUGUUAUUCAGCUCAUAAAGAAGGCCUACGAGAAAAUCCGUUCCAAGGUGGAGUUGGAGCUACAAGGCGUCCCCGAGGAGCUGUCCCUGUCCUUCAACGCCACCUGUCUGAAGGGAGAGGUCAUCCCUGGACUCAAGUCCUGCUCUGGGCUCAACAUAGGAGACACGGUCUCCUUCAGCGUGGAGGCCCGAGCUCGCGGUUGCCCCAAAGAAAAGAAGAAAACCUUCAUCAUUAAACCUGUGGGCUUCAAGGACUCCCUCUCCAUCACCGUCACCUUCGAGUGCGACUGUAGGUGCCAGAACAAAGCCCAGCCCGAUAGCCCCAAAUGUCACUACGGCAACGGCACCUACGAAUGCGGCAUCUGCCAGUGCCACCCAGGUCGCUUAGGGUCACACUGUGAGUGCGCCGAGGGCGACUACAACCCCACAGAGCAGGACCGCUGCAGCGGACCUACGGGAUCCGGAGGACCUCAGUCUGCGAUCUGCAGCGGCCGCGGAGAGUGUGUGUGCGGCCAGUGUGUGUGCCACAGCAGUGACUUUGGGAAAGUGUGGGGAAAGCUGUGUGAGUGUGAUGACUUCAACUGCCUGCGCUUCAAGGGGGAGCUGUGCUCAGGUCAUGGCGUCUGUAACUGUGGCUUCUGUCAGUGUGCUCCAGACUGGCAGGGUGAGAACUGCAACUGCUCCAGACGCACUGACACCUGCAUGUCCAACCUGGGCUUGUUGUGCAGCGGGAGGGGCCAGUGUGUGUGCGGGGCCUGUGAGUGCACCCAGCCCGGCGCCUACGGGGCCACAUGUGACAAGUGCCCCACCUGCCCUGAUGCCUGCACCAUGAAGAAGGAGUGUGUGGAGUGUAAGCACUUCAAGAGGGGCAAACUGUUUGAGGACAACACCUGCUCUCGCAUCUGCAAGGAUGAGAUUGUGCUGGUGGAUGAAAUAGUGCUCCACGAUACAAACGCUGUGAACUGCACUUACAAAGACGAGAAUGACUGCGUGGAGCGUUUCCAGUACUUUGAGGAUGCCAGCGGCAAGUCCAUUUUGUUUGUCAUCAAGGAGCCAGACUGCCCCAAGGGCCCUGAUGUGUUGGUGGUGCUUCUGUCAGUGGCGGGAGCGAUCUUGUUCCUCGGCUUGGCCGCUCUGCUUAUCUGGAAGCUGCUGGUCACCAUCCACGACAGACGGGAGUUCGCCAAAUUUGAGGAGGAACGAGCCCGUGCCAAGUGGGACACGGGACACAAUCCUCUCUACAAAGGAGCCACAUCUACCUUCACGAACAUCACAUACAGAGGAAAAGACUGACGCUACUGAACGAGGAUGAAAUAAUGGACUCGUACCGUCCUUUUUGGGAAGGCACCGAAUCAUGUGCAGGCCUCUACUGUCACAAGGCAAUAAGUAAUAAUUAUUUGUGUUUGUAAAUAUGUAGAAAUGAUUCUGAGGACACAUUUUGUCAGGGAUUUUGUCAUAAAACAUCCAUGUAUUCUACACUGAUAAAUGAGAUAUUGUUUUUAUGUUGUGUGAUGGACAAAGAACUCUUGUGUUGUGCAGGUUUACCCAAAUCACAAAAAAAACAACAACAAAAAAAAACAUUUACAGAUUUACCCCUAUGCACAAAAUCCGGCCAUUUAUAUAGUCUUUUUUUAUUUAUUUUCAUGUCAUGAAGAUUAUUCUUUGAAAACUCUGUAACAUUCCUUGUAAACUGUAACAUUCCUUUUUAUGUCUCAGAUACUUCGCUGUGGGUGGUUUCGUAAUUCCAAAUUAGCCUCAAC